AGGGGCUGAAGGACUUGGACGCCUCCUAUAAAUACAGGCUGGCAGGAGGGGGGCAGUCAAAACUCCCUCCAGGACCCGGACCGUUCACACCAGGAAUUACUUGUACUCUGCAGCCAUGAGAGGACACUUCUCCAUCGAGUGGAUGUCCCAGAGCAGCCAGCCCACUGGGGCCGGGACCGGGACAUGGACCGGGACCGGGACAUGGACCGGGACCGGGACCGGGACGGGGGACGGACCCGCCGCCUGCGGGACGCAUUCGGAGAGUCUGCCGGGUUUUUACUGCAGACAGAAGUCCGAAGGUUCGUCGGAGCGAAGAGAGGCCGAAGCCUCCUGCCUGCAGAACCCGAGCCGAGGGACGGAGAGGAGCUUCAGCAGCGGGACGGAGGAGGAGGAGGAGGAGGAGGAGGAGACGUCGGGCUACGAGAGCGAGGGGGGGCGCUCCCUGUCCCCCCUCGCCUCCGCCGACUCCACCUCCCCGCCGCCCCCCCCGCUGGGGAGGAGGCCCCGCACGGCCUUCACCGCGGAGCAGAUCGGCAGCCUGGAGAGGUCCUUCAAGAGGAACGCCUACCUGGGGACGCAGGACAAGGCGGAGCUCUGCAAGACGCUCCAGCUGUCCGAUAAACAGAUCAGAAACUGGUUCCAGAACCGGCGGAUGAAGCUGAAGAGGACGCUGCAGGACGCCCUCGCCCACGCCUGCCACGCCGACGCCGCCUCCCGCUUCCUGCAGCGCCCCGAGCUGCAGGCCUACAGGCCGGCCCCCUACCGCAGGUACCACCCGGCGGCGCCUCAGGACGCCGGCUCCGCCCCCUACCUCCAUCCGCACGGCCCGCAGUACGGCUCCGCCGCGCCCGCCCUCCACCUGGACCAGUUCUACCAGUACGCCCCGCUGGUGGGGCCGCCCUACGCCGCGUACCCCCAGUACUACUGAGGUCACAUGGGGCGGCUGUGAAGGCCAAGCUGUGCAAUACUGAGACUGUCAUUAUCCUGCGUGUCACUGAUUGGAGGGUUUGGAUGUAUUUAAAUGUGAAGCCUUUUGUUUGUUUGGGUCUCUGUGAAUAAUAAAAAUAUGAUUCAGACUUUACGGGUCGUCUGACGCGUUUUCAUCCUCAAGUCGAUACGAGUGGUGGAAAGUCACUGAAUGCAGCUAAGUACAAUUUAAGGUACUUUAAUAUAUAUUACUUCUAAAUAUUGUACUCCUACUUUUAGUAUUUUUUCUUUUACUCCACUACAUAUGUACAUAAUAUACAACAGUAUUAAUAAUCAGACAAAAUAUGUCCAAACUUGAUGAGAUUAAUCUGAAUAAAUGAAUAUGUAUGUCUGACAUGGCAAUAAACGUUUCCUGAUUAAGUGUCUUUCUAUUGAUGUGUGAAGUGGUGCAAUAUUUAUGUAUCGUUGGAGUACUUUAUGAACUAGUCUUCUUGUACAAAAACACAAACAUGUAUUAGUAUUUCUUCAUGGUGUAUAAACAAAAAACUUAAAUUAUUUGACAUAUUUUCUUACAAAAUAACUCGAUGAUUUUGUCAGUGAAAAAAAUUCAUUAAACUUUUCAUUAAACAUUAAACUAUUU